AGAGUUAGUUUGAGAGCAGUAAAGUACAACGGAUCUUUAGGAAUAGAAAAAAAAAAAAAAAAAAAAAAAAAGGUGUUUGCAAUUGAAUUGGGGAUUUAGGGUUUUAUGUACAGUACGAUGAAUUUCAAGAUGGAUCCUGACAAAUCCAAGCUCUUCGUUGGUGGCAUUUCUCGCGACACAACUGAAGAUACUCUCAAACACCAUUUCUCCAAAUACGGCACCGUUUUGUUUUCCACCAUUUCUUUUGACCGCACCACCCGAAUCCCUAGAGGUUUUGGCUUCGUUACUUUCUCCGAUAUCUCUUCAGCUCACAAUGCACUUCAAGACACCCACAUUAUUCUCGGUAGAAAGGUAGAAGUGAGAAAAGCAAUACCCAGAAGUGAACAGCAACAACGAUAUCAACUACAGAAUAGAGGGGGAAAUUACUAUAGUAACUAUGAAUGUAACAGUAAUUACAUUAGGACUAAAAAGAUUUUUGUGGGAGGUUUACCUGCUAAUAUGUCUGUGGAGGAGUUUAAGAGAUACUUUGAGAAGUUUGGUGCAAUAACUGAUGUGGUGGUGAUGCAGGAUAGUGUAACUCGUAGGCCGAGAGGGUUUGGGUUUAUCACUUUUGAUUCUGAAGAUUCUGUGGAAAAUGUUAUGAUGAGAAAUUUUCAUGACUUGAAUGGUAGACAGGUGGAGGUUAAGAGAGCUGUUCCGAGGGAGGGGAGGUAUGGUUAUGAUGAUGGUUUUAGUAAUAGGAUAAGAUAUCAGAGUGAUAGAGGAGCCGCUGAAACAACUUUGAUUCCUUCUAGUCCUGCGAACACGCUUCCUGGAUUUGCUCCUUUACCUUUGUAUACUGGCGGUGGUGGAGUAUAUGGAUACGGAUCAAAUCCCUAUGGGUGCUGGUACCCUGUGGGUGGGUAUGGUGGGAAUGGAUAUGCUGCUCCAUCAGAUGCUUAUAGGAACUUCUGGUAUGGGCAAAUGGUAACUGGUCCUCAGGCAUGUCAGAUGCCUUAUGCUAAUGUUAUGCCCAAUGUUGCAUAUAUGGGCGGUAGGGUUGAAAUUGUAGGUAGUGAUGCUGCCGGAACAUUGGGAUACAAUGCCUUUCUUGGGUCAACAACAAAUUAUAAAUUUGACCAACCUUUUAUUACUAAUGGAUUUGUUCCAUGCAAUGUACCAUCGCCUCAUAGUGUAAAGCUGAAUGUUGGCGCUUCAAGUUUUAAAGGAAGCAAUGGGGAAAAUUCUAGUUGACAGACCAAAAAGGUUGUUGGGCCUUAAUUCAUGUAGGUAAAUACUUGCUGACUGCUGCAUCUGAUCUAUGAAAGGUCAGUAUAUUCUUUCGUAGAUGGUGUUAUGGGCUAGUAAUUGGGCAUUUCUAUGUGUCAUAAAUAUGUAGUAUAGCUACUUAUCUUGUUUAACUAUGGAGAUUUAUCAGUAGAGGAUUUGUGGCAUUUGUAAAAAUAUUUCCGUGCAAAUCAUUUUAUUCAUGCGUCUUUUUUAUAA